GUUUCUUCUUAUUUUCAUCCACACAUUUUACUCUUUCUCUAAAUUGUCUCUCUCUCUUUUUUCUUUCUAUUUUGUCUAAAGAAUCUUUUUUCUAACCAUUUAUUCCAUUCUCAUUCAUUUUCACCCUCGUUCGUGUGUGUAUUCAACAAGUAAAGAGAUAAAGAGAGAGAGAGGAAGAAAAAAAAACUAAGCCCAAAAGAAGAAGAAAAAAAAAGAGAAUAAAAUGAGAAAAGAGAGAGAAGAGAAUAAAGUAGAAAGAGAAAAGAAAGAGUAACAUCAUCUUCCAACAGGCAUCAACAGGCAGAUUCUCAGUUCUCUCUCUCUCUCUCUCUCCUUCAAUCGCUCACUAAACUCACUCAUUCACUCUCUCUCUCUCUAUCUUCAUCUUUCCAUUACUUUCUCUCUCCAUCCGAUUCUCCCUCUUCAUUAUCUGUCUUUUAUUCAGUUUUGUCAGUACUUGACAUCAACUUUACAUCAUCAUCACCAUAAUAAUAAUCAUCAUCAUCGACAACAACAACAACAACAACAUCGCCAUCAGAAAACACCAACAGUAUCAACAGCUUUCUUUUCAUAUACAGUCAGUGUAUAUGAAAGUGUUUGUGUUUACCUAAUCAACAACGAAAACCACACAACCACAACAUCAACAAGAAUAACAAACGAACAAUUAAUCAGCGAGAAUAUUAAUAUUUAAUAACAUUCUAGUUAUUUAGUCAACAAUAUGAACCUCAACAAUCACCAUCUUAAUUCAUGUCAAACUCUAACCAUUGACAAUUGUAAUUUUCUACAAUUAAUCGAGAAAGAGGAGAAACGUUUGGAUUUAGAAUGGCAAGAUACUUACCGUGAGAUUAACCGGAUCGAAAGUCUAAUCAACAGUUACACUGCUCUUAAAUUAAAUCUACUUGCCAAAUUGGAUAAUAUUGAGAUUAAGAAAAGUGAAUGUGUCAAGAGAAAGACCAAAUUAAUCGGUGAAAUGUCAUGUCUACCUCUUCCUAUUGAUGAUUUUUCGGCAAUCCAUCGAUUCAACAGUGAUGAUGACCUUCAAAAUUCAAGUUUAUGUUUACGUGAAAAUGGAAGUGAAUCUGGGUCUAAUAGCUUUUCAAUGGACAACAUAGUUGCUGAUCUUUUGCAAACCAUUUCUGAAGGAACCGGAGUUUCUGGUAAUGGUGGUGGUUCAAUUGGCUGUGGUAGCUCAUCAUUGGGCUCAUCAACCGGUAAUGGAACCUAUGAAAGACCUGAAUCUUCAAGUAGUGUAACCUUUUCAUCGGGUUCAUCUGACUAUCCGGCAACCGUAGGACGUAUCUCAUCACCCCAAUCAUCAAUGACCUUAUCUUCAUCAACUAACAACAACAACAACAACAACACUACCGGACUUGAUCAUCAUCACUCAAACCACCACCUCCAUCAAAGGAACCAAAAUUUUAAUCACAACAACAACAUCAACAUCAACAACAACAAUAAUAAUAAUAACCAUCAUCAUUCAGGAAUGAAACCAGUUACAGCUGCUUCAAUUGUAAGCAACAUAUCCGGAAGUAACAGUAACAUCAGCACAAAUAGUAACACCAGUAGCAUCAGCAGUUCGGGAAAAACUAAUAAUAACAACAUCAACAACAACAAUAUCAAUGGUCACCUUAAUAUUAACAACAUUAAUAAUAAUAACAGUUUGGUUAAUAAUAACAACACUGAGAAUGAGGAAUCAAGUUCAACCGGAAGUAAUGGAGCCUCUAGUCAAGUUGUUGGUCCUCCACCUCGGUUUACCUCAAAUCGUAGCUUCAAUACACAUAAAGUGCAAUAUAAUUCCGUCCUUACCCUGGAAACAUCAUCCAAUGGUUAUGUUUACAAGUCACUUAAUGAUGGAACUGUGAUGAGAUAUAAAUUUGGUAAUCCUUCUGAUAAUCAAAUUUUCCCUGGACACAAGGAUAAAGUCAAAGUUUUGGUUCUAGAUUCUAAAUCUCAAUUACUUUACACUGGUUGUGAUGAUGGUAAUGUCCGGUGUUUUAACGCGACCACAGGUCAACUUUGUAACCAAUUCUCCUGUGAUGGUAUAGUUAUCAGUAUUGAUCGAUCGGUUGAUGAGUAUCUAGUUUUCGCCACCAAUAAGGGCUGGAUUUACCUGGUUAACCAUAAUUUUAAACUAAUCUCAUCUCAUCGAACCUUUAAUUGGAUUUUUGCUGUAAAAAAUAUUCUUCACCCAUAUAAAGAUGGUUCUAAAAGAUUAUUGGUCAUCCCAAUGAAACAUAAACCCACCGUGGUCGAAGCCAUGUCGGGUAAAAUUUUACAAGAAAUUGGUACAGCUACAAUUGAGUCUCGACCCUGUCUCCAGGUUAACGGAAGUAUCGCCAUUUUAGCAUCAGUUGUUGAUAAAUCAGAUAACGGUACAUCUCAUAUCAAUGUUUAUGAUUCGGCAAGUAAUUGGAAAUGUAUUCAAUCAAUUAAAAAGGAAGGAUUAAUAUCAUCAAUGUGCACUCAUGGACACGAUCUCUACGUUGGAAUAAAGUUUCCCUCCUAUGGACACGUUCAAUGUUUCAAGUGGUCAAAUCGAUCUCUUUACCUCAAAUGGGUCGCCUGUAUUGCCUACGUGCACACCCUUUCAGUGAUGCCCUCGGAUGUUCACAAUUUAUCCCUGAUGCCCUCUGACAUCGUUCUCAAUGGUGGACCUGAUGGUAACGUUUACAACACCACACCAAAUGCAAAGGGACCAUUUUUCUGUAUGAACAAGAAAUGUGAUUGUAAACUACCUUUUGCUAGAAGAAAGGAUUUAGAUUUUCACUAUUCGAAACUUCAAUCAUCAUCUUAAAUCGCCAACAACAAUCAAAGAAACUCAACACCAUUUCCUCCUCGAAAAUAAACAAUCUCCACGUCCCCCAUUCCUCUUCUUCCGCCACGAAACCACAACUUUAAACCAUGAUGAUUAUACACGUUGAAGAUGAUCAGAAUAUCGGAUUAACGCUUUAUGAGAAUCUUUUUUUUUUGGCAAACAAAUGAAAACUAAGAAUCGAGAGUAACACCAACCACCCCCACAAGAAUUAACCUAAUCCCCUUCGAUGGAUAUUUAAAGCUUGGAAUUUUUUUUUCUAUCAACAAUACAAGAAAACGUAAACACCGUCAAGUUAAUAACGAUGAAAAAGAUCAAGAAGGAAAAGAAACAUAAAAGGAAAACAAGGCAACAACAAUUAACAAAAAUCAACAACAACACAAUCAAGAUGCAAGAGAAUUGACUACAGAAAAUAAAUCAACAACCUCUUUCUCCAAUUGGGAAGUCUUUUUACUCUGUAGAAGACAACAAUUAAAUCAUCAACACACAUGAAAGCACACGAACACACACUCAACAUCUCAUCAGCACAUCAACAGAAUUUUUUGUCACCAACAUUAAUCAAAUCGAUCUAAUUUUUUUAAAUCAACUUUUUGUCCUCAACAAACAAAAGUGUUUAGUAAAAAAAAACACUCAUACAAUCAACACCAGUUGACACCAAACCAAGAAGAGAAAAAAAAUCAAGAAUCAGCAACAACAACAACAAAAAAACACCAACAACAAUCAACAAGAGGAACAACAAACUAAAAACCACAUCAACAUACAAACACUUUCCUAAUUUCCUAUUUCCUUUUCCUUUCCUCCAUUUUUGCAAAUUCACAUGCAAAAACCACUUAGGUGAACACCUUCCUCUCUCUCUCUCUCAUGCUAUUUUUGUUCCAUUUUUUUCUCUCUCUUCUAUCAUCAUUGUAAUUACGAUGAUCCUUAACUGAUGAUUGCAUAUUUACAUAAUAUCUAAAUAUGCAAAUAAGUUAUCCCUCAUUCUGUUGAUCCAUCAGCUUAAACUGUUUGUCUCAUUCUGGUAGACAGAUUAUCCUGAUUAAUCAUGAUCUAUCUGGAUGAUAACUUUAAUUGCUGAUCGUUCCUAGAAAUACAACAUUAACCCAAUCACCAUCAAGCCUAGACGAUUGAUUAUCUUCAUAUAUUUUAAAAUCAUUUAUUUUCUCCAUUCAUAUAAUUAGUUAACCAAUUGACCAACUUUUUGAUUCAUGAAACUUUUUUUUUCCUCGUCUUUGUCUCUCCCAAUUGUCACCUAGAUUGAGAGAUACAUCAAGUGAUCAUAAGCCAAGGCUGAUGUGUGAUAACAAAAACCUAUUACUUUUUUUGCAUUAUCAUCUUCAUCUUCAUCACUUUCAUCAUCUUUCUUAUCAUCAUCAUCAACCUAAAUCAUUUUCCUGCUGCAAUUUGAUUUAACUAAUCAAUCAAUCAACUAACCAAAAAAAAAACGCUAAACAAUUUGUGUCCUUAAACAAGCAAGAAGAAAUCACUUUAAGAAAAAAUCACAAUCGAUGAGAUUGAGGCUUGUCCAAGUUAAUUGUGAUUCCCGUUAACAAUUAAUUUUAAUCAUAAAACUCUAGAUGAUAUUUUUUGCCUCCUUCCUGAUUCCCUGUUACUCUGAUUGUCCACUUCCUUGAUUUUUACCCACAAAAAGAAACCUGUGACCUAAACUGUAACAAUCAACAUCAUCAUUACCUGUAAACAAUGAUGAUUUAAUUGUUUAUACUCAUCUCAACAAUUUGUAACAACAAUUAAGCAUUUUUUUUGUCAUAUUCAAGUUAUAUCAUUUUAUAUAUUGUAUCUUGUGCAUUUUGUUUUUUUUUCAUAAGUUAUAAUGCUUACCCUUUUUUGGCUGUACAACAAUUAACUCGUAAUUAACGUUAAUUGUUAUUUCUCGUCUAUUUCACCCAGAGUGAGAUUUAACAUUCAACAUUAAUCAAUUAAUUGUUUACCAAAAUCUGUUUUAAUUGUGAUUAUCAAACUUAUCAAACACCAGUUACUGUAAACUAUUAUUAUUAAUGGUACCAAUUACUUCAGUUAAUUGUUGAUUAAUUGUAGUUAUUUGUGAUACUCUAAUUGUUCUCACUUUUUACUUUUAAUUAUCUUAAGUCUUUCUCUCUCUAUGAUUUAUAUCCUUUUCUUUUUUUCUCAUUAAUCAUCUUAUCAUCAUCUUAAUUGUUGAUGAUUCUUUUUAAUUGUAACCUUUGUGGAAUCAUUUUUUUCCUCUUUACCCUUUUUCCAAUGAUAUCUUUUCAAUUCUCUGGUGAAAAUUAAUUGCUGUUGAUUAAUUUCCGGUUAAUUGAGAAAAAGAAACUUUUUUUUUCUAUCAACUAUUAACUAUCAACAAAGAUAAAAAAAAAUAAUUUAAUUGUAAAUGUAAACAUGAAAACGAAAGUGAUUGAUUUUGUUAGAUUGUUGUAAUUUAACUACAAUCAUUUUUAAUUGUCUUUUUGAUUCUGACUUUUUGUUUUUGUCAUACUAAUUAAUUGUAAUCAUCAUUGAUCAUCCCAGUGUAAAUCAAAUCUAAUAUAUUGUUUAUCCUCUAUCAUUAAUUGUUAACAAUCAAACUCAUACAAAUUUCAUCGUAGUGAUUAACUUUGUCAAAUUUACCGUUACUUUUGUUGUUAAUUUAAAUUUGACAACAAUCACAGAUGACAAUUUAAUUUAAAUCAGUAUAAUGAUGAUAAAAAAAUUUUUUGUUAACGUUAUUGAUUGUAAUCAAAUUGUGAUUCCAAUCAAAUUGACAAUUAACUUUGCUCUCCAUCAACAUCACUCUGGUCCUCCAAUCGCAAUUAUAAUUAACCACAAAACUAAAUUGACCAUUUGGACAUCGCACACGUUAAUUAAUUCAAAUUGUUCAUGUUUAACAAUCAAUCCACAAUUGGUGACACUUAAUCACAACAAUCAAAACAAUCAAUUGAUUACAAUUUAAAAGUGAAAGCCAUUCCCAUUCAAUUGGAUUAACCUUUUGAGAAUCCAAUCUCUUUUUUCAAAUGAUCAACAAUUUAACAACAAUUGAUUAACCUAAACAGUUAAUUCAUAUUCACAAUGAAGACAGAAAAUCAAAUGUUGUCCAAAAACAGAUCAAAUUAACUACUAAUUGUUGUUACAUUUGUGAUCUGUUGUUUUUGCUUUUGUUUCUACAAUUAAAUUAAUCAACACAAUCAGUUGAUUAAAACUCUUAUUAUUCAACAAUCAAAGGAUUUUGGAACCAAGGAAAAUCAUAAAUCAACCAAACUCAUCGAAUCGUAAUUUUUUUCCUCUCGAAAUUGUGAUUAACUAAUUGGAGAAAGUUUUUUUUUCGUUCGAAUCGAAUCCAAGUCAACAAGAGAAGAAGAUAUUUUGUCAUAAACAACAUAAUUACCAAAUCAUCAUCAAGAUCACCAAUUAAUUAACUGGAGUCGAUUUUUUUUUCUUCACAAUCAAUUGGACGACUGGUGAUGGAAUCAAUUUAAUCAACACAAUUAAAUCCCAAUCAAGACAUGUUACAAUCAAUGUGGAUCAACCUCAUCAUUAGAUUAACCUUUUAACUCUACAAUUUAGAGACUUAAUCACCAACAAGAACUGAAAAAAUGGUUUCUAGUGAUUAACUUAAAACAAUUAACUAAUUACGAUUAAUUUUUCUCGUCACAUUCAUUUGCAUUUUUUGCUCUUUCGCUUGGUUUCUAUUAGAUGAUUUUAUCGCCUCCAUCUUCAUCAUCACCUCUCUCCUCUCUCUCUCUCUCUCUCUCUUUAUCUCAAUUUUAUAUAAUUAAUUAAUUCUUGCUAAUUUAUUAAUUACUUUCUCUCUCUCUCAACUUUGACCUAAUUUUUUUGCGCUUCAAGUCGACAACAAUCAACAACUUUUUUCUUCUCCCCAUUAACUUAUCAUCUUUAUCUAUUUUAAUUUACUAUUAUCACUUUAUUAUUAAUUAUUAUUAUUUACUAUUGAUUUUAUUGAAAAUAUUUAAGAGAAGAACCUUAAUGUUCAUCCCCCUCUUCCCUCACCACACCCUUUCACCCCCACUUCCUCAAUCUUCAUCUUAUUGCUUUUCAAGUUACCAUUUUUUUUGUCUCUAUUUGGAUUAAUUCAAAAAAAAAUCUUUAUUUUCAAUUAUAA